UCCAUCACUUAGUUCAAAUAUCUUAUUAUAUUUCGUUCGGCCUUUGAAAUCCUUCAUUCAGAUUUAUGUCCGUGACACAAAGUGACCACACGAGGCAGCAGUAGACCAGCAACUUUGGUGUUUUUCUCUCCCCUUUCCUUUGACAUCAUUAGUUCCCAGAUCAGAAGCUGUGAUGUCAUAAUGAUCAAAGGAAAAUGACUAGAGACAGAAGGGGACGAAUGUAAGAGACUGUAAUGGUCAACACAAUCCAGAUGGAGGCAGUUAUCUAAGAUUAAUAAUCCAAAUUGCACUUCACAACAAAGUCUGUGUUUGAACCACAGUUUAAAGGGCAAAGUCAUGGCCUGCAAGGUCAAGACCGAAGGGUCUACAGACACUGAGGUCGCAACAGACGAGGUCACAGCAGACGAGGUUGCAUCAGAUGAGGUCACAGCAGACGAGGUCACAACAGACGGGGUCACAAACACAGAGGUCACAACAGGUGGGGUCACAGCAGACGAGGUCACAGCAGACGAGGUCACAGUAGACGAGGUCACAACAGAAGAGGUCACAGCAGACGAGGUCACAGCAGAACAGUUCACAGCAGACGAGGUCACAGCAGACAAGGUCACAGCAGACAAGGUCACAACAGGAGAGGUCACAGCAGAUGAGGUCACAGCAGACCGGGUCACAACAGACAAGGUCACAAACACAGAGGUCACAACAGACGGGGUCACAACAGACGAGGUCACAGCAGACGAGGUCACAGCAGAAGAGUUCACAGCAGACAAGGUCACAGCAGACGAGGUCACAGCAGACAAGGUCACAACAGGAGAGGUCACAGCAGACGAGGUCACAGCAGACCAGGUCACAACAGACAAGGUCACAAACACAGAGGUCACAACAGACGGGGUCACAACAGAAGAAGUCACAGCAGAAGAGUUCACAGCAGAAGAAGUCACAGCAGAAGAGUUCACAGCAGACAAGGUCACAGCAGACGAGGUCACAGCAGACAAGGUCACAACAGGAGAGGUCACAGCAGACGAGGUCACAAACACAGAGGUCACAACAGACAGGGUCACAACAGACGAGGUCACAGCAGACGAGGUCACAGCAGAAGAGUUCACAGCAGACAAGGUCACAGCAGACGAGGUCACAGCAGACGAGGUCACAACAGGAGAGGUCAUAGCAGACAAGGUCACAGCAGACAGGGUCACAACAGACGAGGUCACAAACACAGAGGUCACAACAGACGAGGUCACAAACACAGAGGUCACAACAGACAAGGUCACAACAGAAGAGGUCACAGCAGAAGAGUUCACAGCAGACGAGGUCACAACAGGAGAGGUCACAGCAGACGAGGUCACAGCAGACGGGGUCACAACAGACAAGGUCACAAACACAGAGGUCACAACAGACGGGGUCACAACAGAAGAGGUCACAGCAGACAAGGUCACAACAGACGAGGUCACAGCAGAAGAGGUCACAAACACAGAGGUCACAACAGACGAGGUCACAAACACAGAGGUCACAACAGAUGGGGUCACAACAGAAGAGGUCACAACAGACGAGGUCACAAACACAGAGGUCACAACAGAUGGGGUCACAACAGAAGAGGUCACAACAGACGGGGUCACAGCAGAAGAGGUCAAAACAGAUAAGGUCACAACAGACUGGGUCACAAACACAGAGGUCACAACAGACGGGGUCACAAACACAGAGGUCACAACAGAUAGGGUCACAACAGAAGAGGUCACAACAGACAGGGUAACAAACACAGAGGUCACAACAGAUGGGGUCACAACAGAAGGGGUCACAACAGACGGGGUCACAACAGACGGGGUCACAACAGAAGAGGUCACAACAGAAGAGGUCACAACAGACAAGGUCACAACAGACAAGGUCACAACAGACGAUGUCACAGCAGAAGAGGUCACAACAGAAGAGGUCACAACAGACAAGGUCACAACAGACGAAGUCACAGCAGACAAGGUCACAACAGACAAGGUCACAUCAGACGAUGUCACAGCAGACGAAGUCACAACAGACAAGGUCACAACAGAAGAGGUCACAAACACAGAGGUCACAACAGACGGGGUCACAGCAGACAAGGUCACAACAGACAAGGUCACAUCAGACGAUGUAACAGCAGACGAGGUCACAACAGACAAGGUCACAACAGAAGAGGUCACAAACACAGAGGUCACAACAGACGGGGUCACAACAGGCGAGGUCACAAACACAGAGGUCACAACAGACGGGGUCACAACAGAAGAGGUCACAACAGACGGGGUCACAACAGAAGAGGUCACAGCAGACAAGGUCACAACAGACGAGGUCACAGCAGACGAGGUCACAGCAGAAGAGGUCACAACAGACGGGGUCACAACAGAAGAGGUCACAAAAACAGAGGUCACAACAGACGAGGUCACAAACACAGAGGUCACAACAGACGGGGUCACAACAGAAGAGGUCACAACAAACGAGGUCACAGCAGAAGAGGUCAAAACAGAUAAGGUCACAAACACAGAGGUCACAACAGACGGGGUCACAACAGAAGAGGUCACACACACAGAGGUCACAACAGACGGGGUCACAACAGAAGAGGUCACAACAGACUGGGUCACAAACACAGAGGUCACAACAGUUGGGGUCACAACAGACGAGGUCACAACAGAAGAGGUCACAACAGACUGGGUCACAAACACAGAGGUCACAACAGACGGGGUCACAAACACAGAGGUCACAACAGAAGAGGUCACAAACACAGAGGUCACAACAGACGGGGUCACAACAGACUGGGUCACAAACACAGAGGUCACAACAGACGGGGUCACAAACACAGAGGUCACAACAGAAGAGGUCACAAACACAGAGGUCACAACAGACGGGGUCACAACAGACGGGGUAACAAACACAGAGGUCACAACAGAUGGGGUCACAACAGAAGGGGUCACAACAGACGGGGUCACAACAGACUGGGUCACAACAGACGAGGUCACAGCAGAAGAGGUCACAACAGAAGAGGUCACAACAGACAAGGUCACAACAGAAGAGGUCACAAACACAGAGGUCACAACAGACGGGGUCACAACAGGCAAGGUCACAAACACAGAGUUCACAACAGAAGAGGUCACAACAGACGGGGUCACAACAGAAGAGGUCAAAACAGACAAGGUCACAACAGACAAGGUCACAAACACAGAGGUCACAACAGACAGGGUCAGAACAGAAGAGGUCACAACAGAAGAGAUCACAACAGACAGGGUCACAACAGAAGAGGUCACAACAGACGAGGUUGCAACAGACGGGGUCACAAACACAGAGGUCACAACAGACAAGGUCACAACAGACAAGGUCGCAACAGACGAGGUCGCAACAGACGGGGUCACAACAGACAAGGUCACAACAGAUGAUGUCACAGCAGACGAGGUCACAACAGAAGAGGUCACAAACACAGAGGUCACAACAGACGGGGUCACAACAGACGAGGUCACAAACACAGAGGUCACAACAGAAGAGGUCACAACAGACGGGGUCACAACAGACGGGGUCACAACAGAAGAGGUCACAACAGACGAGGUCACAGCAGACGAGGUUGCAACAGAAGAUGUCACAGCAGAAGAGGUCAAAACAGACAAGGUCACAACAAACGAAGUCACAGCAGAUGAGGUCACAAACACAGAGGUCACAACAGACGGGGUCACAACAGAAGAGGUCACAACAGAAGAGGUCACAACAGACGGGGUCACAAACACAGAGGUCACAAACACAGAGGUCACAACAGACAGAGUCACAACAGAUGGGGUCACAAUAGAAGAGGUCAGAACAGACGAGGUCACAGCAAACAAGGUCGCAACAGACAAGGUCAGAACAGACGAGGUCACAACAGACAAGGUCACAACAGACGGGGUCACAACAGAAGAGGUCACAACAGAAGAGGUCACAACAGACGGGGUCACAACAGAAGAGGUCAAAACAGACAAGGUCACAACAGAUAAAGUCACAGCAGAUGAGGUCACAACAGACGAGGUCACAACAGACGGGGUCACAACAGAAGAGGUCACAACAGAAGAGGUCACAGCAGAAGAGGUCAAAACAGAUAAGGUCACAAACACAGAGGUCACAACAGAUGGGGUCACAAUAGAAGAGGUCAGAACAGACGAGGUCACAGCAAACAAGGUCGCAACAGACAAGGUCAGAACAGACGAGGUCACAACAGACGGGGUCACAACAGAAGAGGUCACAACAGAAGAGGUCACAGCAGAAGAGGUCACAACAGACGGGGUCACAACAGAAGAGGUCACAACAGACGGGGUCACAACAGACGAGGUCACAACAGACGGGGUCACAACAGAAGAGGUCACAACAGACGGGGUCACAACAGAAGAGGUCACAACAGACGAGGUCACAACAGACGAGGUCACAACAGAUGAUGUCACAACAGACAAGGUCACAGCAGACGAUGUCACAACAGAAGAGGUCACAACAGACGGGGUCACAAACACAGAGGUCACAAACACAGAGGUCACAACAGACAGAGUCACAACAGAUGGGGUCACAAUAGAAGAGGUCAGAACAGACGAGGUCACAGCAAACAAGGUCGCAACAGACAAGGUCAGAACAGACGAGGUCACAACAGACAAGGUCACAACAGACGGGGUCACAACAGAAGAGGUCACAACCGAAGAGGUCACAGCAGAAGAGGUCACAACAGACGGGGUCACAACAGAAGAGGUCACAACAGACGGGGUCACAACAGACGGGGUCACAACAGACGAGGUCACAACAGACGGGGUCUCAACAGAAGAGGUCACAACAGACGGGGUCACAACAGAAGAGGUCACAACAGACGAGGUCAGAACAGAUGAUGUCACAACAGACAAGGUCACAGCAGACGAUGUCACAGCAGACGAGGUCACAACAGACGGGGUCACAAACACAGAGGUCACAACAGACGGGGUAACAACAGACAAGGUCACAGCAGACGAGGUCACAGCAGAAGAGGUCAGAAACACACAGGUCACAACAGAAGAGGUCACAAACACAGAGGUCACAACAGACGAGGUCACAACAGAUGGGGUCACAACAGAAGAGGUCACAACAGACAGGGUCACAACAGACGGGGUCACAACAGAAGAGGUCACAACAGACGAGGUCACAACAGACAAGGUCACAACAGAAGAGGUCACAACAGACGGGGUCACAUCAGACGAUGUCACAGCAGACGAGGUCACAAACACAGAGGUCACAACAGACGAGGUCGCAAACACAGAGGUCACAACAAACGAGGUCACAAACACAGAGGUCACAACAGACGGGGUCACAACAGAAGAGGUCACAACAGACGGGGUCACAACAGAAGAGGUCAAAACAGACAAGGUCACAACAGAUAAAGUCACAGCAGAUGAGGUCACAACAGACGAGGUCACAACAGACGGGGUCACAACAGAAGAGGUCACAACAGAAGAGGUCAAAACAGAUAAGGUCACAAACACAGAGGUCACAACAGAUGGGGUCACAAUAGAAGAGGUCAGAACAGACGAGGUCACAGCAAACAAGGUCGCAACAGACAAGGUCAGAACAGACGAGGUCACAACAGACGGGGUCACAACAGAAGAGGUCACAACAGAAGAGGUCACAGCAGAAGAGGUCACAACAGACGGGGUCACAACAGAAGAGGUCACAACAGACGGGGUCACAACAGACGAGGUCACAACAGACGGGGUCACAACAGAAGAGGUCACAACAGACGGGGUCACAACAGAAGAGGUCACAACAGACGAGGUCACAACAGACGAGGUCACAACAGAUGAUGUCACAACAGACAAGGUCACAGCAGACGAUGUCACAGCAGACGAGGUCACAACAGACGGGGUCACAAACACAGAGGUCACAACAGACGGGGUCACAACAGACGAGGUCACAACAGAUGAUGUCACAACAGACAAGGUCACAGCAGACGAUGUCACAGCAGACGAGGUCACAACAGACGGGGUCACAAACACAGAGGUCACAACAGACGGGGUAACAACAGACAAGGUCACAGCAGAAGAGGUCACAAACACACAGGUCACAACAGAAGAGGUCACAAACACAGAGGUCACAACAGACGAGGUCACAACAGAAGAGGUCACAACAGAUGGGGUCACAAAAGACAGGGUCACAACAGACGGGGUCACAACAGAAGAGGUCACAACAGACGGGGUCACAACAGAAGAGGUCACAACAGAAGGGGUCACAAACACAGAGGUCACAACAGAUGGGGUCACAAACACAGAGGUCACAACAGAAGAGGUCACAACAGACGAAGUCACAGCAGAUGAGGUCACAACAGACAAGGUCACAACAGACGAAGUCACAGCAGAUGAGGUCACAACAGACAAGGUCACAACAGACAAGGUCGCAACAGACGAGGUCACAACAGACGGGGUCACAACAGACGAGGUCACAACAGAAGAGGUCACAAUCACAGAGGUCACAACAGACGGGGUCACAAACACAGAGGUCACAACAGAAGAGGUCACAACAGACGGGGUCACAACAGACAAGGUCACAGCAGACGAGGUCACAACAGACGAGGUCACAACAGAAGAGGUCACAAUCACAGAGGUCACAACAGACGGGGUCACAACAGACGAGGUCACAAACACAGAGGUCACAACAGAAGAGGUCACAACAGACGAGGUUGCAACAGAAGAUGUCACAGCAGAAAAGGUCAAAACAGACAAGGUCACAACAAACGAAGUCACAGCAGACGAGGUCGCAACAGACGAGGUCACAACAGAGGGGGUCACAACAGACAAGGUCACAAAGACAGAGGUCACAACAGACAGGGUCACAACAGACGAGGUCGCAACAGACGAGGUCAGAACAGACGAGGUCACAACAGACAAGGUCACAACAGACGGGGUCACAACAGAAGAGGUCACAACAGAAGAGGUCACAAACACAGAGGUCACAACAGACGGGGUCACAACAGACGAGGUCACAAACACAGAGGUCACAACAGAAAAGGUCACAACAGACGGGGUCACAACAGACGAGGUCACAACAGACAAGGUCAGAACAGACGAUGUCACAACAGACAAGGUCACAACAGACGAUGUCACAGCAGACGAGGUCACAACAGACGGGGUCACAACAGACGAGGUCACAAACACAGAGGUCACAACAGACGAGGUCACAACAGACGGGGUAACAACAGACAAGGUCUCAAACACAGAGGUCACAGCAGACGAGGUCACAACAGAAGAGGUCACAACAGACGGGGUCACAACAGACGAGGCCGCAACAGAAGAGAUCACAACAGACAAGGUCACAAACACAGAGGUCACAAACACAGAGUUCACAGCAGACGAGGACACAGAAGAGGUCACAAACAUAGAGGUCACAAACGCAGAGGUCACAGCAGAAGAGAUCACAAACACAGAGGUCACAGCAGACGAUGUCACAACAGAUGAUGUCUCAGCAGACGGGGUCACAACAGACGAGGUCACAACAGACAAGGUCACAAAGACAGAGGUCACAGCAGAUGAGGUCACAAACACAGAGGUCACAGCAGAUGAGGUCGCAACAGACAAGGUCCCAAACGCAGAGGUCAUAGCAAACAAGGUCACAACAGAAGAUGUCGCAACAGAUGAGGUCACAGCAGACAAGGUCGCAACAGAAGAGGUCACAAACACAGAGGUCACAGCAGACAAGGUCAAAAACACAGAGGUCACAGCAGACGAGGCCGCAACAGACCAGGUCACAAACACAGAGGUCACAGCAGACGAGGCCACAAGAGACAAGGUAACAACAGAAGAGGUCGCAACAGAUAAGGCCACAACAGAAGAGGUUGCAACAGACAAGGUCAGAUCAGACGAGGUCGCAACAGACGAGGUCACAACAGAAGAGGUCACAACAGACAAGGUCACAAACACAGAGGUCACAACAGACGAGGUCGUAGCAGACGGGGUUUCACCAGAAGAAGUCACAGCCGACGGGGUUUUACCAGAAGAGGUCACAACAGACAAGGUCACAGCAGACCGGGUUUUACCAGAAGAGGUCACAACAGAACAGGUCACAGCAGACAAGGUCACAAUAGAAGAGGUAAUAACAGAUGGGGUCACAGCAGAUGAGGUCGCAACAGACGAGGCCACAACAGAAGAGGUUGCAACAGAAGAUUUCACAAACACAGAGGUCACAGCAGACGAGGUUACAAAAACAGAGGUCACAGCAGACCAGGUCACAAACACAGAGGUCACAGCAGACAAGGUCACAAGAGACAAGGUCACAGCAGAUGAGGUCGCAACAGACCAGGCCACAACAGAAGAGGUUGCAACAGACAUGGUCAAAUCAGACGAGGUCGCAACAGAAGAGGUUGCAACAGACAAGGUCAAAUCAGACGAGGUCGCAACAGAAGAGGUGACAACAGACAAGAUCACAACUGAAGAGGUUAGAACAGACAAGGUCAUAAACACAGAGGUCGCAACAGACGAGGUCACAAACACAGAGAUCGCAGCAGACGGGGUUUCACCAGAAGAGGUCACAACAGACAAGACCACAGCAGACAGGGUUUUACCAGAAGAGGUCACAACAGAUGAGGUCACAACAGAAGGGGUCACAACAGAAGGGGUCAUAACAGACGGAGUCACAACAGAUGAGGUCACAACAGACAAGGUCGCAACAGACAACGUCGCAGCAGGCAAGGUGGCAACAGAUGAGGCCGCAACAGAAGAGGUUGCAACAGACAAGGUCAAAUCAGACGAGGUCGCAACCGAAGAGGUGAGAACAGACAAGGUCACAACAGAAGAGGUCAGAACAGACAAGGUCACAAACACAGAGGUUGCAACAGACGAGGCCACAAACACAGGGGUCGCAAACACUGAGAUCACAACAGCUGAUUCCUCAACAAGCAAGCUCACGUUCUCUGAGUCCACAACUGAGUACAUGUCUACUGAGGCCCUGGCCAGUGAGGCCACAUCUGGCAAGGCCACAAACACUGAAGUUGUGAACAGCAAGGCUGUGGUUAGUAGCCAUGGCGAUUUACCACAAGCCCAUGACAGGCAUGGCUACAAACCACAAGGCCAAUUCUCACAUGGCUAUGAAUCACAUGCCUUGGCUGGAAAUGUCAUAACUGCCAAGGCCACAACCAGCCCAACUGGCAAGUAUUUGACCACCAAGGCCACAAGUGGAAAGUUCAUGAAUGGCACUACCUCGAUUGGAAGGGCCACGACCGCCAGGUUCAUGACUGACAAGGCCCUAAGCAACAAGGCCACAACCAACAUGGCCACAACUGGCAAGGUCACAAACAAGGCCACAAGCAACAUGGCCUCAACUGGCAAGGCUACAAGCAACAUGGUCUCAACUGGCAAGGCCACAAGCAACAUGGCCUCGACUGGCAGAGCCACAAGCAACAUGGCCUCAACUGGCAAGGCCACAAAUAAGGCCAUGUCCAGCAUGGCCACAAACAACAAGGCAAUGACCAACAUGGCCACAACCAGUAAUAAGCCCUUGACUAACAAGGCCACAAUAGGUAAGACCAUGAUUGGCAAGGCCUCAACAAGCAUGGCCAUGACCAGCACAGGCUCAAUAGGUAAGGCCAUCUCUAAGACUGUGACUCGUAUGGCCACAAACAACAAGGCCACAAGCAACAUAGCCUCAACUGGCAAGGCCACAAACAACAAGGCCACAAGCAACAUGGCCCCAACUGGCAAGACCACGUCCAGCAUGGCCACAACCAGCUUGUCUAGCAUUGCUGCAAUAUACAAGGCCACAUCUAAUAAGGCCUUGAUCAGCAAGGCCACAGCUGGCAAGUCUGUGGUCUUGAAUGAGGCCUCAACUAGCAGGCCCAUGAACAGCAUGGCCAUGAAUGGUAAGGCCACAGCUGGCAAGGGUAGUCGGAAGGCCACAGCUUGUAAGCCCAUGACCAGCAUGGCUAUGAUUGGUAUGUCCACAGCCAAUGAGGCCGCAACUUGCAAGCCAACAAACAGUGAGGCCAUGAAUGGCAAACCCACAACUGAUGAGAUAACGACUGCUGAGACUGCGACCAGUUGGGCCAUGACCGAUAUAGACACGACCAACAAGGCCACAGCUGAUGAGACCAUGUCCACUGAGGCCAUGACUAGAAUGGCAACAACCAGUGUGGCUACAGCUGAUGAGACCACAGUGGGUGAUGACAUGACCAGCAUGGCCACAAACAGAAAGGACACAGAUGGCAAGUCAAUGACUGCCAUGGUCAUGCAGUCAUUGCAGGCCUCAACCUGCAAGACUGAGAUUGACAAGACCAAUGUGUCCAUGAUCACUGAGGCCACAGCCAACCGGACUAUGAUUGAUGCAGCCACGAACACUGAGACAUCAAUGGUUGUGGCCUUGCCAAUUGUGGCCUUGCCAGUUGAGGCAUUGCCAGUUGUGGCCUUUCCAACAAUGACCAUGCCAGUCAUGGCUUCGCCAAUUUGGACUUGCCAGGCAUGGCCUCAGUGGGUAUGGCCACUGGCGUUUCCUCAGAGUGCAUGGCCUCAACAACCAUGGACGCGGCAACAUGGCCAAGAUCAUGGUCAUGACCAGCAGGAAUGUGAACAGCAUGACCAUGACCGAGAAGGGCACAGUCAGCAAGGACACAACCAACAAGCCCAUGACAGCCGUGGCCAUGAACCACAAGGCCAUUUCUCACAUGGCUACGAACCACAAGUCCAUGACAGGCAAGGCUGUGAACCACAAGGCCAUUUCUCACUUGGCUAUGAACCACAAGUCCAUGACAGGCAAGGCUGUGAACGACAAGGCCAUUUCUCACAUGGCCACGAACCACAAGCCCAUAAUAGGCAUGGUUGUGAACCACAAGGCCAUGACUCACAUGGUGAUGAACCACAAACAAAUAACAGGCACGGCUGUGAACCACAAGACCAUGAUAGGCAUGAUAUGCAUGGUUGUGAACCACAAGGCCAUGACUCACAUGGUGACGAACCACAAUUACAUAACAGGCGUGGCUGUGAACCACAAGACCAUGACUCGCAUGGUGAUACACAUGACUGACAUGUCAAAGUCCAUGAUCAAAAAGGCUAUGACCGACAUGACCAGUUUAAACACCAAGCAUUGGCAAUGGUGAGCAUUCACAACAAAACCUGAUUGAUUCAGUUUUAGUUUUGUGUUUUGACAUCAAAUUGGUCACCUCUAAUCAUUCACUGGACUCUUUUAUUCUUUAUUCUUCUAUGCAUAGAGAAGACAGUUUGGGUAUUGCUAGUAUUGGUUUGAUAUUGAUUGAGCAGUCAACUAACAAACUCAUGUCCCAGAAUUUAAAACAAUACACAAAAUGUGUGUAUG